AAAAACACAGUAUAUCGCACUGAAAAAUAUUAUCUUAAAACUACAUUAAAUCGGCGCUAAAAGUACUUGUUUUAUUAAAUAUGAUGUUUAAACGAGUUUUGGUGUUGUACUCAUUUGUGCUAAUCACACAGAUUAACAGUUUUACGCAUGUAAAUCUUCAGGCCUUCAUAGAUGAUGCUAAAGCUCUGUUGCAAAAUCUCAAUGACCUUGCUUUGGGAAAUAUAUUAGUAGCCCAUGAUCAAAUAAAUGACUUAGGUUCAAACCUCGAUGGAUUUAGUGCAGACGUUAUAUUUAAAUCAGAGCUAGAUAUACAAGAAGAAAAUCAAGCUGUUAAUGAAGAAAUAGCCAACUUUAAAAGCUUAGCCGAAGCUGUAAACAAAAACAUUUCUGAAUGUCUUAAUGGUAAUGAAAAAAAACUAACUGAAUUACCUGAAAUUUAUCGUAAACAAGUAAAGGAAUGUAUUGCUGAUGUUCAGAAAGAGAGUAACUCUAUGCUAUCGCAAGCUUUUUAUAAUGUUGAUAUUUUAAUGAAUCAUGUGCAUGACUUGAGUUUUCAACUUGGACAAUGUCUUGAGGAUGAUAAUGAAUGUAUUUCGGCAGUUGUUGAUAAGAUAAACAACGCCAUAGAAAAUAUACCUUUAAAAAUCAAAGCUGAAGUAAAUACAGCAAAUGAAGAAGUGGAACUUUCCCAAGCGAAAAUUCAACAAUGUGCAGAUUUGGGAGUAGCUGGAUACGUAGAAGGUGUUACAGAUAUCAUGAACGAUGUUACAGUUUGUGUCAAUGAAAUUAUUUCAUCAUUUAUGUAAUCUAAAAAAUUAUACGGCUAAAAUAUAUACUAAAAA